CGUCGAUGGUUACCAAAUACCGACAUGGCGUAACUGUUUCAGAGGCAGCGAACGGCAAUAAAGUCAUAACGUUACUUUCGCCUGCUUUAAUUUAAAACAAUGUCAAUAGCAUACACACGGGUUUGGUCUAGAUAAAUCAAGUAUCAAACUACAGGAAGUUUUAAAGAUAUAGGUUUCGCGCUUUCUGUCUGUGUUUAGCUGUGGCACUGGCUGGACUGUUUUCAUCUUCUCAUUCUUCAGAGCACCAAUAUUUUUUUUAUCUUUUUUACCAAAGUAGAUAAAUUCUGCGUGUGCCAGCUAUGUUUUUGCGCGGUCGUUCCGACGUCAAUAGGAUGCAGCUUCUGUUGUAUGGAUGAGAAGUGUGUUGUCAGCUGCUUGUCAUCCUGAUAUUCGGGAUGCCAGUCCUGGAAGACAAACUUUAUUACUCGAACAUUAGAUCAGGUUUACAUGGAGAGACUGAAAAUGAAAGGGAAAUACUAGUAAAAGAACAGAGGUGUUGUCGGGCUCGGGCUCGCAAGCUUUCCCUGGAAACAAAUCGCCGACGAAAGGCUCUUGAGGAGAGAAGGAAACAGUGGGAUGUUCAGGAGAAGAGACUGAGGGAGAAUGUUCUUCAGCAGCGCCAUCAGAAGGUCCAGGAUGCCACAGAAAACUUCCAAAGAGCUCAUCUCUCUCCAUCCCAAAGGAAAAGACCAGCAGCCUUUAAGAGAAGAACACCCAACCUCGAUGAAGCGCUACAUCAUAUUCAAGGCAGUCCACUCUUAUUUACUCAUCAAUCUCAAUUUUUACCCAGUGCCUCCACUACUAACAGAAGCUGCACUUCCUCCCCAAAGCCUUCAGGGGGCGCCCGUCACCUGCGUGCCUUAUCUGCAGCUGAGGCCUACGCCAAACUCCUGCAGGACAGCAGCCUGACUCACUUCAGGAACAACCAGCUGUUCUUCCUCAAUCCGCAACAGGAGACACACACUGUUCCCACAGUAAAAGAGCAGGCUGAUCCUCAGGAGUAUCUUGAUACCCCACAUAGUGAGACAGAGAGUCUGUCUAGUCUGGACAGUUUAGAGAAUGGAGAACCUCAGAAGAGCCUUGACACUGCACCAGUGUGUUGCUCCCAGCAGAGCAUCACCUAUGCCCAGUCUUUCUACCUCCCUAUGGAUCCUUAUAAGCUCCAAGCCCCCAAACAUUCUCAAUCCCCAUUGAGACAGUCCAACAACCCACUUUCAGCAUCUCACCCCUCCUCUUCUAUAGCCAAGAGUUUCCUGGAGGAGAUAAACCGGGGAAGCAAAAUCAAUUCCAGCUUACAGACACCAAAGGAUCAUGAGUCAGCAGAGGAAAUCAGGAGUCUCCACAAUCACACGCAAGAAAGAUUUGAUCAUUACAAGGACCAAUCGCAGAACUUCAACGCCCAGUCUACUCUUGCUUGCCAAGAAGAGUUGUUGCAGCAGAACUCCGCACAUAUGAUAACUCAUGAUAAUGACAAAAACCCUCAAGGGAACAUUUUGAAAGACAAAGCAUCUGUGGUUGCCCACUGCAGAACGCAAGCCGUGCCAGAAAACACACCUCUGCAGUUCUCAAGUCUGACUAAAGACUUCAAGUCAGAAUCCGAACAGCAGACAAGAACCCCGGAGGAGAAAUGUGAUUUAGCAGAAACACAGGCGGCUCCUCCAGACAGCAGAUACACACACAGCGACAGUCCGUUCAAAGCCUUGUCAAGCUCAGCUGCCCAUCUUUGCAUAAAUCACCGGACCGAACCGAGUUCCCUGAACAUAGAAGCACCGAGUUCCUCACAGUCGCAUAAACACAAUCCAGAUGUGGAUGAUGCCACAGCGCUCAAGAGAGAAUCCAAACCGCUGAGCAUGGAGGAGAGUAUACGCAUACAUGCAUCAGAUCCUAAAAAUGAAACGGAUGUCGCCAAAUUGGAAAAGGCGAAUAUGUUGAAAAGCACAGAGGAACCAAACCGAACAUCUGCAAACGCCCGAUUCCUGAAAGGGAUUCUUAAAAACCAUUUAAAAUCCAAAUCGGGAAAUGUCAAAUUCACUUACACCCCUGGCCAUGUGCUUUUCACCAAAGAAGUGGCCAUAUCAAUCCGGGACAGCGUGGAGCUGGCCAGGACAAAACUCAAUGAGCCGGAGCAGAAUAGGACCAUUAAGAAGAAACUGCGUUGGCUGGAUGAGGUGGAUGGAGUUGAAGGGGUGGACCGAGUGUUUCAACAGCUCUCCGCGGAUCACUCGGACCAUGGGAAUUUACUCACGGGGGUAUCAAAAAACAUCUCCAAUAAGACCUCUGCUGUCCCCACUGGGCCCCAAUCCACUAGACAAGCCUGGACAGAGGUAGGGCCCCAAGACAUCCGCACACAGGAGCCCACCUCUCAAAGGGGCUCACGGAUUCCCCGGAGAGCAGGCUCAGCUAGAGUUGGCUCGUGUCCCGUUACCUCCCGGGUUAGGAAGGGCACUAUCAUCAGACCGCAAUCUGCCAGGGAAGCGCAACAUGUGGCCAAGACCCAGGGGAAGGUUUUGGUGCCUCGGCCCCCUCCGAUUCCGAAACCUGAAGUUGUGGAGUGUCCCGUGUACAUCUCAAAGGCAUCCUGCUGUGAUCCCGCAGGUCUGCAGGAUCUGGCCCUGGGCAAAGAUACUCCAGAUAGCCAGACCCAAAGAACUGAUCCAGCUCCACCUCACUGUACCUACACCCACGAGACACGCAUCUGUUCCCUGUCCCCUCCAGACUAUCCCAGGUGCAGGUGUGGAGAAAACGGGAUCUGUUUGGACCGGACUCCAACAGAUGAGGAGAUCUCGAUGCUGUGGCAUGGGGUCCGGAGUGCUCUCGCCAGCAAAGACGGUGACCCUCAAAGUUUUCUUGCUCACAAUGGCCCGUUGUCUUCUUUGCCUCAAGUCAGUGCCAGCCUGUCCCAUGUUACCAUCAAUGGUGAUAGUCUGAUCAGUGGUGUCAAAGGAGCCUCAAGAAUGGGUGGCUUUUUCUUGUCUGCCGGUAAAGAGGCUAUAGUGAAAAGUCUAAUAAGGAGACAGGCUAUGGAGGGUAGCAUGGUGAAGAACAACAGAAGUCAAACUGCAGGAACCGCACAGAGAAAGCCAAGCUUUCCUCAUCAGGUCAUGGUGCCAAAAACUCAACACCCAAAUAAAACAGGUCAUACAGCAGACAGCGAAGGACUAGAGGUGUCAGACGGUGCUCAUGAAGUUGUGGACUGGGCUCAGACCCAUAAGUCCUGCAUCGGUCCAGUCGGACCCCAUAGCCAGAGAAUGCAGUCCCUCAGCAUCAGCGCUCUGUCACUAGAGGAGCAGAGGAUCCUGCAGUCACUCGACAGACUUAAUCAACGGCUGCAAUAUGUGCAGGAUACAGCUGGUGGCGGCCCAGCACUGAGGGGUAUCUUUGCCGUGGGUCCUGCACUUACCGGUGAGACUGUGGGUGUCACCAUGCGUAGGCGAGGAGCCUCUGCUGACAAUCGCACCCGAACGCAACAGCGUUACUGACUACACCUCCAAUGAUCCACCCCCCCUCCCUCAGCCACCUUCUCUGAACUGCACUUUGAAACCCUUUAAACCUUACAAACGUGUGCUUCACAUUGCUGAGACAUCCUCAAAUGCGGUAUUUAAUUGUUUUCUAAUCAGUUAUAAUGAUUCUGGCAAUACACAAUGCAAAAUUUUUUAUAUUUUAUGCGUUCUGAUUGGUUGAUAUUUAUUUGUAUAAAUAUAUUUUCAUAGGCAUUGUACAGUAUGUUAUUAAUGUACUGUACUGUACUUUUUAUUCUAAACAAUCUUGACUCUUGGAGAAAAAUAAAUUAAUUUGAGAAAAAGCUUUUGUUCCUGAGUGCCAAAACAGGAUAAAGGGCUUUUUGUGCAA